CUUAGAAGCUCAUACAUUUGAAUAUUUAAAAUCUGACAACUCUAUCUACGCCACUGUACAAAAAAAACACCAGUCAUGUGACAGCGAUUCUAUUAUCUAAAAUAUACAAAAUAAUCUCCAGUCAGGCUGAAUAAAUUAAACUGUCCCAAAAAAACUAGGAAAAAACGAAACUCCCUAGUUGCGAAACGUCAGAUGUCAGUGUCAACAAUUAGGUUAUUUUCCUUUGUCAGUGUUUGUGGUUUGGCCCCAUCACCAAGUUAAAAGUGAAUGUCCUGUUGAGUGCCGUGGAAAUGGAGCCAAUGCAAGGCAAUUCCCCAGAAAGCGUCACAACCUGUGGCACUGACGACGAACGGUGUUGUCUCACCCACCAGCCCUCCUGUCACAGCUCCAAGUCGCUCCUAACCGAGGAAAAAAUGCGUCGCAAGCUCCAGUUCUUCUUCAUGAACCCCAUCGAGAAAUGGCAAGCCAAGAAACGCUUCCCUUACAAAUUCACAGUGCAGCUAAUCAAGAUAAUCCUCGUGACAAUGCAGCUGUGUCUCUUCGCCUACAAUCGCUACAACCACGUUAAUUACACGUGGGACAAUCGGAUUUCAUUCUCGCACUUGUUUCUACGCGGCUGGGAUGCCACACGUGAAGUGAGCGCCUAUCCACCUGCCACGGGACCUUUGGCCAUCUACAAAGCGGACGAUUUUUACGCCACUAUUGACUACGCUUAUUCAGGCUAUGCCAAUUUGAGCCAAGCUGUUGGUUCGUACUCUUACGCCAAUGAGGACAAUACUAUGACUGAUAUGGAACUGUGCCUGUCACAGUACAAGAAAGGCAUUAUUUUUGGGUUCAACGAAUCGUAUGUUUUUGACGCCGAAAUCGUAGACACCUGUCUUAAUAUAACGCACAGGCAGGACCAUCUCCUCGACUCUAAACAAUACCUAGAUAACUUGAACAUAAACUUCUCGGCUUUGGUCAAAGCCGUGCUGAAGUUCUCGGUUAAAACUGUUAAUUUUAAAACAGCCGGUCGGAUCUCGCCACCGAAUUGCUACCGCUUUGAUAUUAACAUUAACUUCGAUAAUGAGGACCACGAUGGUCAGAUGUUGCUGUGGUUGGACGCACAGCCGGUCCGUCUCAUGUGCAAGGGUGACGUUGAGUACGUCACUGAUGACGAAAUUGACUCGCUUUUGCAAAGUCUUUUGAACUAUUUGGUUAUCACCAUUUGUAUUUUGUCGUUUGUUUUGUGCACAAGGGCCCUUCUCAGGGCCCAAAAGUUGAAGAAAAUGACCAAUUCGUUUUUUAUCAAUCAGUUCGGACGCCCUCUUAGCAAAGAGGAUAGGAACAAGUUUUUGAAUCUGUGGUAUGUGAUGAUAAUAAUCAACGACAUCCUCAUAAUCAUCGGGUCGUCGAUCAAGGAACAGAUCGAACGUAAGGACUUUACCAGCGAUCAGUGGAACGUCUGUAGCUUGUUCCUGGGGCUUGGGAACAUGCUGGUCUGGUUUGGGGUUUUGCGCUACUUGACGUUCUUUAAAACGUACAAUGUUGUGAUUCUGACUUUGGAGAAGGCGGCGCCUCAAGUCGCCAGAUUCCUCCUUUGUGCGUUACUUAUUUACGCGGGUUUUACCUUCUCAGGGUGGCUGAUCCUCGGUCCGUACCAUUUGAAGUUCAGGUCGUUGUCCACGACGUCAGAGUGCCUUUUCUCUCUGAUUAACGGCGACGAUAUGUUCGCCACUUUCUCCAUAAUGUCGAGCAAAUCGACCAUGCUGUGGUGGUUCAGCAAGAUCUAUCUAUACUCGUUUAUAAGCUUGUACAUUUACAUUAUUCUAAGUUUGUUUAUUUCCGUCAUCAUGGACGCCUACGAUACGAUCAAGAUCUACUACAUUGAGGGAUUCCCCAAGAGUGAUUUACAAAUUUUCAUCGGCGAUACCAACUUUGAGGAUGUAUCGAGUGGGAUUUUUAGAACCGCGUCCAAUGAUAGUUUGGGUGGGCUUAUGAAAGAUCUAUGCUGUUGCACUUGUACUAAACUACAAAAGUCUUAUUCGAGUUUGUCACGUGGUAGUUUAGCCACUGAGGGAUCAAGACGAGGUUCGAAUGCCGUCUAAGAAUAGAAAAAAUACAGUUUUGUAAAUAUUUUAUUGUAUAUAGAAUAGAAUAUACGUUUUGUACAGAAACAUUUAUAUAAAUAUACUGACUAGAUCAAAAUAUGUUCGAGAUAAGCUUUAAAUGUAUCUCUGUCUCAAUAAAAUUUAUUUAUGUAUAA